GGGCUUCUCUCCCUCCUCAGUGUGCCUCGCUCCCUCCCUCGCUGAUCCCUGAGCUCGCAUUGCUUGGGGAGAAGAGAAGAGAGAGGAACAAGGCCGGGGAUCGAUUGCGCAAGCACUUCACUGUCCUUUUUCCGGCGUUUGUUCUCCGGAUCUGGUGAGCUCUGCUUCCCCUGAUGCUUGUUGCUCUGUUGGUUUUGGUGGGUUUCGUGAGCGAAAAGGAGGCCCUUUUCUCCCUCAUUAAUGGUGUGUGGAGCAGCUGACAGAGUGUGAGAAUUUUCCACCUGAACGACGACUUUGUGUCCCUUCUUUGUCGCCGAUCUUGUUCCUGUCUCUGCGAGGACUGUGCCAGUCCUGCGCCGAUCCACUUUUCGUGAUUUUUAGCCCCAUUGCUCGAUAAGUCCUCUUUUGAGGCGGAGAUGGAUAGGGUUUCUACGGCGUCGAUGUUUCCGGGCGUGAUCCAGGCGCGGGAGCAGAUGUGGAUGGCGUGGCAGCAGGUGAAGGCGCCGGUGAUCGUGCCUCUGUUGCAGCUGGCGGUGUACAUCUGCCUGACCCUGUCGGUGAUGCUGUUCGUCGAGAAGGUCUACAUGGCCGUCGUGAUCACCACCGUUCGGCUCCUUGGCCGCCGCCCGGAGACUCAAUACAAGUGGGAGCCGAUGGGCGACGACGCCGAGCUCGGCACCUCCGCCUACCCCAUGGUGCUCAUCCAAAUCCCAAUGUACAACGAGAAAGAGGUCUACCAGCUCUCGAUCGGAGCUGCUUGUGGGCUCUCAUGGCCUUCGGAUCGCAUCAUCAUCCAAGUGCUCGACGAUUCCACCGACGACUCCAUUAAGGAGCUGGUGCAGAUAGAGUGCCGGAAGUGGGCGAACAAGGGGGUCAACAUAAAGUAUGCUAUCCGUGAUGACAGGGUGGGUUACAAGGCCGGCGCGCUCCGGCAGGGGCUCAAGCAUGGCUACGUGAAGGAGUGCGAGUACGUUGUGAUCUUCGACGCCGACUUCCAGCCCGAGCCCGACUUCCUCCUCCGCACCAUCCCCUUCCUCAUCCACAACCCCAAGGUCGCCCUCGUCCAGGGCCGCUGGACUUUCGUAAACGCGGAUGAAAAUAUGAUGACAAGGAUGCAGGAGAUGUCUUUGGAUUACCAUUUCUUUGUUGAGCAGCAAGUGGGAUCCUCCACCUAUGGCUUCUUCGGCUUCAAUGGAACUGCUGGGGUAUGGCGGAUUUCUGCUGUCAAUGAGGCUGGAGGUUGGAAGGACCGGACGACCGUAGAGGACAUGGAUUUGUCUGUUCGAGCAAGCCUCAAGGGAUGGAAAUAUAUAUUCCUUAAAGACCUCGAGGUCAAAAGUGAACUACCAAGCACCUUCAAGGCCUUCCGCCAUCAGCAACACAGAUGGUCCUGUGGCCCAGCAAACUUGUUCAGGAAAAUGGUGAUGGAAAUAUGCAAAAAUAAGAAAGUGACUCUCUGGACAAAGAUCUACGUCAUAUACAGUUUUUUCUUUAUCAGAAAGAUUGUAGGUCAUAUUGUGACCUUCAUAUUUUACUGCAUUGUUAUACCAAUGACAGUCUUCAUUCCUGAAGUACAAAUACCAAAGUGGGGUUUAGUGUACAUUCCUUCAAUCAUUACUCUGCUGAAUUCAGUUGGAACACCAAGGUAUGAGAAGAACUCAAAGAGUUAUAUAUCUUCAUUUUGCUGUUUUGUUAGUCUUGCCAACUUAUUUGAUGAUCACGGAGAUGAAAAACUCCUUAAUCAUCAAAUAAAGGCACAAUUCUUGUCCCCUCUUUGGCUAAAUUUAAAGAUCCAUCACUCGAUCAAUUGUCGCAGGUCUUUUCAUUUGCUGAUGUUCUGGAUCCUUUUUGAGAAUGUCAUGUCUCUGCAUAGAACAAAAGCAACCUUAAGUGGCCUCUUGGAAGCAGGAGGGAAAGUCAAUGAAUGGGUGGUGACCGAAAAGCUUGGAGAUAUUAUGAAGACAAAAUCUAAAGCAGCUAGGAAGCCACGGCUUAGAAUUGGUGACAGAUUGCAUCUAAUGGAGCUCUGUACUGGGUUAUAUCUUUUCUUCUGCGGGUGCUAUGACCUGGCCCAUGGGAAAAACCAUUACUACAUCUACCUCUAUCUUCAAGCGAUCGCAUUCAUAAUUGUCGGAUUUGGUUAUGUUGGCACCUUUGUUCCACAAUCCUAAUGGUCAUAACUCCUUAUACGACCAACUGCUUUCAAUAUACAUUACGUCAGUAUUAUAUCCAAUACACGGGUUUGCAUCAGCUCAAGCACCUGUCUGAAACCAUUCACUUAAGAAAAGAACCACUCAUCAUAUUUGAAGGCAGACUUCUAUCUAAUAGGAGCCUUGUGUGAAUAGUGAGUCAGUAUAAAUAUUAUUGUCUACCCAAAUGUAAUAGAUAGAAGGGCCUGAAUCUCUUCUGCAGAAGCUAAGGCAACGGCAGUUGAGAGAGAGAUAAGAUUUAGCUUUGUGAUGUGUGCAAGCUAGCAAUUCUAGUUUAUUUAUAAUUAUUGAAUUUCCCUUAUAUUCCUUUGUAUUGUUGUAUCCAGAACAAGCCCAAAGAAGCCAGCUGGGAACAUCCAGUUAAUUUUUA